CACCAAUCCAUGCAUUUUAGCUUUGACAGCAGGGAUCUGCUGGUAUGCAACACGAUGCCACGUGUUCAGUGGAGUGACCCAGAAAGAAAGCCAUGUUCUUCACGUGUUCACUUCGCUUCGAACAGCCCUCUCGCUUGACGUCAACGACCGGUGAAACCGUCGCUUCUUGACACGUGACGUCAUUGCGACCGGCAGCACUCCGGUUCACCGGACCGGACUGGUAUUGAGGAACACGAGCAACGCUCCACCCGGGGUGUUGAGACCGAAAAAGACAUGGGGUUCGGAUGUCAUGGACCUUUGGAAGAGGAUUUUCCUCUACAAUCACCACCAACCUCGUGGGUGAAUUCUUCGGUAUAGGAAGCAUAGGAUGGAUGGCAUGGUACCGAACCUGGAGGAAGCGGAAACCCCAAAUGCAUGGUGCAACUUGGCCAGAUCCAUUUCGUCUCCAGCUCCAGGAGCUUCCCAAUUCCAGCCGUAUUUUAGGCCAACUAUAUCGACAUGGGAAUGCUGCGCAUAGAUAUCACUGUCACCUGGUGAGCCAUGCUGGACUACCCGGUGACUACCCUUGUUCUACACCCCAUUUAGCCGGUGACUACGGUCCAAUCCUUGGCUUUCGCUGGUCCAAUUGGCAGCUCAAGUCGACUCAUCUAUCACCGCAUCGCAACGCGCGGGCUACACAAAGAGCGAAAUGCUUCUGGACAGCUCUGUGGAGAUUCAGGUCUUUGGACUCGAUGGUGAUCAUUUCACUCUGACGAUGCCUGACUCCACCACUGGACAAGAGCUGUGCUGGAGGAUCUUGGAGCGCUUGCCAGCCAAGCGCGGCGUACAAAUCCUGGUGCAGACGCUGAUCCAAAUGUUGAGUAGUCCGGGUGUCAACCCGCUGAUGUUAAUUCCUGGUUUUCGUAUUUUGAGACAAAGCCUGACAAAGCCAUGUGUUAAAAUGCUGCCAAAUGCUUGGUCUUUGUUCCCUUCUUGGUAGAUACUAGUAGGUCAGACUAGAAUACAUUGAAGUGCGGUAGGAUGCCCGUAUCGACCAGAAUGAGCAAGGUAGAGACGCAAUUAUUUGCUAACUAUGAUUUAUGAUUGCCCAUACCCCUAAUUACAUACAAACCCCUCUUCCUUCCUGCUCAAAUCGUUACGCUUGUGUUUUCUUCUCACUUUGCCUACUGAAUUCAGGCUUCAGACUGCAGACCCCUGUGUUGUGAGAAAUAGGACGAGGUCCGUUCGCCGAACUUCCGGACUACUCCUGGACGGGCACGAGACGAUGUGUUUCUGGCCGCCAUGAAUGACGACCUGCCGUCACCCACAAGGGAUGGAGGGAUGGGUGUCCUUUUGGGCUACGCGAGCCGGAGCUGUGUUUCAUUGGGCGACACCCAAAACGACGAACGUGUGUAGCCUGCCAAUGUUCGUAGCUCACGAGAAUAGUCAGCCGGGUGGCAGCGGUUCUAAAGCGGGCACCUUUUGAAAUCCAAAGAAAUCGUUUUUUUCUCCAGAUUCUGUUGCUAAUGUAGAGCCGGGAUGGCUUGCGUUAGUCCAUGUCAGUCCAUUGCAUUCAGGAUUUGUUGCUGCAAAAAGAUCCAAACCCAGUGCGCUAAGUCAAUCAUACCAAACAGUUCAGUUUGCCCAACACGAAGAAUUUUGGUGUAUCUGAAUUUGGGGUGGCGCAGCACGUUCUAUCAGCGCAUUCUCAAGCUCCGAGUUAGGUGAGAUACACUGUUGUUUUUUCAUGGUUGUUUUCUUCUUCUGCCCGCACGGUCCAGGGCCGGACUGACCAUCCAAGCUGACGUCCGCAGAUUAUCAUACUCGUCGGUCCUUCCAACCUUCCAACCCCAGACACGACGUGUCUGAGACUGCCAUAGGACUGCCAGGGAUGGACUGGGGGUCUGUCUGGGGCGGCAGUCCGUCCUGGCAGUCCGAUGUUUUUGAGGAGAGGCUCCGAGACGCUGCAGCACGUGCCGCACCGACGACUCCACGAGUUCCACGACGAGUUCGCGCGCACCUCGGACGGCCACGCCGGCCCUUCGCACGUGCCACACGUGCAGCUCUCCUACGUCUACGUGCCGGUGAGCUUGGGCCAUGCUUGGACGCUGGGCACGCCGGACUGAGAACGUGGGUGAACCAUUUGCAGGGUGACUCCAUGGAUGUCUUUGCGCUGCAAGGGGUGACGCGGUUGAUUGGCCUGCCCAACCUGGCAGUGCUCUCGUCCUUUUGUGGAAGCCUCGAGACGUUGAGCUUCGAUGACGAGUUUAAUGAGCCGUUGGAAGGAGUGGUAUUCCCCAAGCAGCUUCAGAGGCUGUCCUUCGGCCGAAGUUUCAACCAGACAUUGACGAAGGUUCAAUGGCCUGAGACAUUGAAGACUUUGAAUUUCGCAAGGGACUUCAAUCAAAGCCUCAGCGGGAUUUCAUGGCCGAGCAGCUUGGAGUGUUUGAGCUUUGGUGACUACUUCAUCCAUCCCUUAGAGUCGUUGCCAGCGUUUCUGCAAGAGCUUCAACUGGGAGAAGAGUUCAACCGGAGCUUGAGGGAGGUGAGCUGGCCCAGCACUUUGCGGAGCCUCAGUUUUGGCGAUGACUUCAGCCAGAGCUUGGAAGGGGUUACUCUUCCAAAUUGCCUUGAAAGCCUUCGCUUCGGCUAUGGCUUCAACCAAAGCCUUGAAGGGGUGGUUUGGCCGAAGAAUUUGAAGAUCAUCGCCUUUGGCCACGACUUCAAUCAGCCAUUGGACCAAGUGACCUGGCCCUCUCUGGAAGUGUUGCAGUUCGGGGACAGCUUCAAUCAGCGCGUUUGGUGUACAGCAGUGCCUGGCCUGAAGAGCCUAACUUUUGGCAAGAGGUUCAAUCAGCCUAUCGAUGGCUUUGUGUGGCCACACCUGGAAACGCUGGUGUUUGGCGCGAGCUUCGACCAGAGCCUGAGAGAUGUGAGUCUACCCAGCGGCCUUCAAAACUUGAGCCUUGGUCCUUGCCAAAAAUUGGAUCAAAUUACUUUUCCAUCCACCCUCCAAAGCCUCACGCUUGACAGCAAUGAGAGUUUGGACGGGCACGGGCGCUUGCCUGAGAAGCUUCAAAGCCUGACGCUGGGUGAUAGCUUCAACCAGAGUUUGGAAGCUGUCACUUGGCCGAGGGGUCUUUGGAGCUUGACGUUUGGCAACAGCUUUGAUCAACCUCUUGGACAGGUGUCUUUGCCAAGCGGUCUUCAGAGUUUGCGCUUUGGUGAUGAUUUUGAUCAGGACCUCACGCGGGUGGUUUUCCCAGACUCUUUGCAGAGUUUGAGCUUCGGCCUACUGUUCGACCAAAGCCUGCAGCAAGUGACUUGGCCUGAGGGCCUCUUGUGUCUUACCUUGAGUUCUGCAUUUGAUCAAAGUUUAUAUGGCAUCUCUCUGCCCAACAGUCUCAAGAGCUUGACGUUUGGGACAGGAUUCAACCAACACUUGGAGCAUGUGGCCCUUCCAAGCAGCCUUGAGAACUUGAGCUUUGGUGAAGCCUUUAACCAGAAUUUGGACACAGUUUCUCUUCCUGAGACCUUGCAGAGACUUGUGCUUGGCUUCUAUUUCAAGCAAUCGUUGGACUUCAUAGCCCGGCUUCCCAGCCUUCGGACCUUGCAACUGGGUCCGGUGCACCGGAAACUCUUGAGAGGUAUCACUUUGCCCAUGACUUUGCAAGAACUGCACUUUGGCGACAAGAGAAGUUCAUCUCUCUUGAUCUCCACGAUCUGAGCCGGAAGUUCGAAGAGGAGAUUUGAAGAUCGGCCGGACUAGGGACGAUCGAGUCCAGAGGCCAAAGACCGGAGCUGAGGACCCCGC